AUGCUCGUAACCGUAACCGAAACUGUGGGUUACGGUUCGCAUCCCGUCGCUCGUAAAAGACCAACGGAUCCUUCAUCAGGAAUCGAAUCGGAUGGCCGGAUACGAAGUCAGAUUCCCAUUGCAGGAAAUCAUUGGAAAAUCAUUGAUCCCGCCGGUUCUUGUCGUACAGCUUUGAUGUGGGAUGAUUCAACUAUAACAUCAAUUAUUCGAGUGUUCGAGUAG